ACUGGACCUUACCGUGGUGUGACGCUUUACGCACCUCAGCGAUCCACUGAGCUAUACUGGAGAGUGUCCCGGCACACUAACAGAGUCUCUCGUACCAGGUUGGUCAAUGUAUGGGUUGGACGACAUAUCACAGUCACUGUCUUGGAGAAUUGCACUCAUUUGCAAACCAAUUUGGUUUUCACGAGAGACUCAACUGAACAUCUCGUUUGUGAUAUCUUACGACUGAAUGUUAGCAAUGUUGUAGAAUGUAGCUCGGGGGCGUUGCUUGGUUGUUGGUCUGUUCGCCGAGCUUGGCAGUUGGAUUGCAAACGUUUCAUCACCAAUCGAGGUGACUUCGUCAGUGCAGGGUUGAGUGGCACUGACGAUGUCACCUCGAUUGGUGACAUCGUUCACACAGGCCGCCUCAUGCUUAAGUUGGCACAAUAUUCGACAUAUCGUAGUAUAUUUUCAGUUGAGUCUCUCAGCUCAUCAGCAGUGCAUAUCCAAUGGCCGUGCCGGGAUUUGAACCCCGGACAUCUGACAUGCGAGGCGAGCGUCACGUUGGACACAUCUGAAUUUUUGCUACUGAACAGGCGAACGUGUUCACGCUUGAGCGAUGUGAUUGGUGUGCCCGACUCAUUGAACGACGACCCAGUGACUGUCCUGGUUGAUCGAUUGACCCGCCAGUCAGAACUUUCCAGUCAAACAAACUUGGAAAUGGCAUCUUACAUCCUCAUUGAAAAUAAAGAUAAGACUUCAGUUUCACAUCACUAUCGUUUUGAACAGUCGUCUCAAUGUCCUGACGCAAUUAUUCUGAGCUCAUCAGCAGUGCAUAUCCAACGGCCGUGCCGGGGUUUGAAUUCCGGACACCUGACAUGCGAGGCGAACGUGUUACCACUAUUCCACCAGCGUGAGCCGGACACAUCUGAAUUCGCACAUCUGAACGAGUGA